AUGGCCUCUGAAGCUUCAGAAGACAUCGCGAUGACCACAGCACGACUCCGAACAGCGCUGCGAAGCUUCCAGUCCUCCGGGCGAUCCUUCCAACUGAUCCAGCAACACGCGUCACAAACCCCACCAAGCACUGCUGCAGCGGCUCGAAAAUGCAGGACGCUGGUCGUGCUCGACUCGAGCUUUAACCCGCCGACCUUGGCACACAUGCAGAUGGCGACAUCCGCCUUACGGGAUCUACGGGAGCAGCAGAGCAUCGCGGCAGCCCUGAGAGGUGGUUCUGCCGGGCAGAGGCGAGGCCUGACGGACGACGUGCGGCUGCUGCUGCUGCUGGCGGUCAACAACGCCGACAAGGCCCCGAAGCCAGCGACGUUUGAGGAGCGGCUGUUGAUGAUGGGCGCAUUCGCAGGGGAUAUACAGCGGGCGUGGCGCACUCUAGAAAGGCAGACAGAGACACAAGAGGAGGAUGAUGACGCACACGCACAAGCACAGAAGGACGAGGCAACGCUCCCCGUGGACAUCGGCCUGACGACGCACCCCUACUUCCACGACAAAUCCGCCGCCAUAGCCGCAUCACCCGAGUAUGAUUUCCCCUCCGCCCAGACAGAGAACACGGGCGAGCCACACACGAGCCAGAUCUUCCUCGCCGGCUACGACACCCUGAUCCGCAUCUUCACACCGAAAUACUACGCGCCGCCGGUGCCCGAAGCCGGUAUUGACCCGCCGCAGCCCGACAAGACGCCCAUGCAGAUGGCGCUUGACCCGUUCCUUGCGCGGGCCCAGCUGCGGGUGACGAUGCGGACCGACGACGACUGGGGCGGGCGGGAGGACCAGCUGGGAUACCUGGAGCGGAUAAUGCACGGUAACGAGCUCGAGGAGGUCGGCGGGAGGAGGGAGUGGGCGCGUCGGGUCGAGUUGGUUGAGGGAAUGUCGGGAGACGCGGAGGGAGGAGUCGUGAGCAGCACGCUGGCGAGGGAGGCCGUCAAGGCGGGGGCUUGGGGGCGGUUGAGGGAGUUGGUGCCAAGCGGCGUUGCGAGCCUGAUCGAGAAGGAGGCGGUAGCAUGGUGA